CACAGACGCUAGCUCUUCAGACCACUGCAUCGUCGUCGUUGUCAUCAAUGGAGAGGAUCAAUCGGUUGGGCAAUGCAGCAGCGACAAGUGCCUGCCUUGUUUUCAUGCUCCUGCUCUUACUGCCGCCGUUUCUAGUACUGUGGGGAGAUGAUGGGAUGUUAAUGGUGGAAGGGAGGGACUGCGAAUCAAAGAGCCAUCGUUUCCAUGGGCGAUGUAUGAGCAACAACAACUGCAAAUUGGUGUGCCACAACGAGGGUUUCACCGGCGGCAAGUGCCAUGGCAUGCGCGGCCGUUGCUUCUGUACAAAACCCUGUUGAUUAGUCGCCGGCGCCGGAGCUGACCAGCUGUAAUAUCAUAUAUAUAUAUAUAUAUUAUAUUGUCAUGUUUGUGCUCAAGCCUCGAGGAUCUGUUGCUGAUUAUCAAAAAUCUAAAUUGUUGGUAGUGUUUGAUUCAUCAAUGAUGGAACAAAUUAUACUAUCAAUCGAAAAUUAUAUUAAUGAAAGUUAAAAUAGAUAUACAAAUGGAAUCAGCCCUCGGUCACAGUGAUA